AUGACCCUGGACCGCGGACCCAUGGAUGAGACGGACUGCCUCGCGCGCGUGAGGGACGGGGGCCGUUCUUUGUCCAGAGAGGUCAGCGCGGACCCGGGCAAGAGGUCCGCUCCCAAGCCUCCGUACUCCUACAUCGCGCUCAUCACCAUGGCCAUCCUCCAGAGCCCUAAAAAGCGGCUCACGCUCAGCGAGAUCUGCGACUUCAUCAGCGGGCGCUUCGCGUAUUACCGCGAGAGGUUCCCCGUGUGGCAGAACUCCAUCCGUCACAACCUGUCCCUGAACGACUGCUUCGUCAAAAUGCCGCGGGAGCCCGGGAACCCCGGCAAGGGGAACUAUUGGACCCUGGACCCCAUGUCGGCCGAUAUGUUCGAGAACGGCAGCUUCCUGCGGAGGAGGAAACGCUUCAAGAGGCAGCGGCUCUGCCUGGGCGCGCUGAGGGGUUUUCGCGCGCAGGGGCCACUCGGAGCGCACGCCGCAGCCUCCUCCAGCCUCCUCAGACCCGACCCGAGCUUGGAAAGUGGCCCCGGGUCCCACUUCAGCCCCGGCAUCCCACCCGUAAACGGCAUAAUACCCGCUCUCUCCUCCAUAUUCAGGAGCUCGCCGUCGCUACUGGACCCCGGACGCUGCGUAACGGUGCCAUCUCUGGCCCCAAACUUCGCGGUUCCCGUCUCGUUCCACGGAUUUAUGCUCAACUAUCCCUUUUCUCAGCUGUCCAUUUUUCCCUCCGGAGCCCUAAAAGUUUCUCCUAACUCAGCUUAA